GAGCCAGCCUAGCCAUGUGAGACAGUCCUGCCACCCACCCAGAGUCCAAGAUGGGUGUCUUGCCUGGACCCCUGCCGUCCCUUCUUCUGGGGCUGCUGCUCACAUCUGCCGCAGCAGUGCUGGGAGCCAAUCCAGGCUUGGUGGCCAGGAUCACUGACAAGGGCCUGUCAUAUGCGGCCCAGGAGGGGCUGGCAGCUCUACGGAGAAAGCUGCAGGAGAUCUCGCUGCCUGAUUUCGAUGGGGACUUCAAGAUAAGCCGCAUUGGCCGUGGGAACUAUGAGUUCCACAGCCUGGACAUCCGCAGCUGGGAGCUACGCAGCUCUGUGCUGAGGCCGCUGCCCAGCCAUGGCCUGAGUCUCUCCAUCUCUGAUGCCGCCGUCCACGUGGAGGGCAGGUGGAAGGUGAAGAUGAACAGAUUCCUGAAACUCCAAGGCUCCUUUGACGUGCAGGUCAUGGGCGUCUCUAUCACUGUCAACCUCGUGUUGGGCAGCGAGUCCUCCGGGAGGCCCACGGUCACUGCCUCCAGCUGCAACAGCUACAUCCAGAAGGUGGAGGUGGACCUAUCUGGGGGCUUGGGGUGGCUGCUGAAACUCUUCCACGACACGAUUGAGUCCAAGUUCCGAAGAAUAUUAGAGAGCAAGAUUUGUGAAAUAGUGGAGAAAUCAGUGGCCUCCGACCUGCAACCUUAUCUCCAAACCCUGCCAGUCACAGCAGGGAUCAACAGCUUCCUGGAUGUUGACUACAGUUUAAUGGAAGCCCCUCGGGCAGCAGCCCAGAUACUGGAUGUGAUGUUUAAGGGUGAAAUUUUCCAUCAUGAUCACCGCUCCCCUGUCGCUCUCCUUCCUCCUGUCCUCAGCCUUCCAGAAGAUCACAGCCAGAUGGUCUACUUCGCCAUCUCCAAUUACGUCUUCAACACUGCCAGCCUGGUUUACUACAAGGCUGGGUACAUGAACUUCUCUGUCACAGAUGACAUGAUUCCAUCUGACUCUCCCUUCCGACUGACCACCAGCUCCUUUCGAGCCUUCGCCCCCCGGAUAGCCAGGCUGUAUCCUAAUAUGAACUUGGAGCUCCAGGGAGGAGUGGUCUCUGCUCCACUCCUGAAACUGAGUCCUGGGAAUCUGUCCGUGACCCCCCAGAUAGAGAUUGAGGGCUUUGUGCUCCUGCCCAACUCUGUCAAGAAACCUGUCUUCCGGCUUGGUGUGGCCGCUAAUGUGUCUGCCACACUGAACUUCAACACCAGCAGGAUCACUGGGAUCUUGGACCCUGGAAAGUUACAAGUGGAACUGAAAGAAUCCAAAGUAGGUGUAUUCAAUGAGGAGCUGAUGGGAGGCUUCCUCAAUUACUUCAUGCUCAACACUGUCUACCCGGAGGUGAAUGGACUUCCUGUUCUUGGGUGCCAACGUCCAGCACAUGAGAGUUUAAGGGCAAGAAAGAAGAGGCCACAGCUGGAUCUGUGCAUUCCAGAUGUACGGCUCAUCCCUGGGGACUCUCAGAGGACAGAGACAAGGACUUCCUUUCUCAGCUCUGGGGGUGAGGUCUGCCUGGCCCCUACCCCACAGGCCUCUGCACCCAGCCCUCUCAGACCCCAGACUUCACACUCUGCUUUAGCAUGGACCGCCUCCCCCAGCUGACCUGUCAGGUCUUUAAGAGAUGCCUAUAUUUUUUUAUUCACUAUCUAAUCUCCAUGUCUAGAGAAGUGCUAUCACUUAGUAGGCCCUCAAUAAAUAUUUAUGGAAUGAUUUGGUGAAGCAA